AUGUCGUCCAUGCGCAGCAGGAUAUCCGAUUUCGUACGAUCGCUCCAAGAGGAAAUCGUCCUCGCGCUCGAAUCCCUAGACCCCGAAGGCCCGAAAUUCGUACGCGACUCGUGGACCCGACCCGAGGGAGGGAGCGGCCUCUCGUGCGUGCUCCAGGGAACAGACAAACCGCGGGACAACUUGUCGUCGGCCGCACCGCCGUUUGCGCCGCUGGAAAAGGCCGGUGUGAACAUUUCGAUUAUUAAUGGCCGCUUGCCCCCCGCUGCCAUUGCGCACAUGCGAGCGGACCACGCGGGGCUCCCGAUCGAUACGAAGAACAUCCCGCCUGCUGGCUUGCCGUUUUUUGUUGCUGGCUUGAGUCUGGUCAUUCAUCCUCGGAGUCCGCAUGCCCCCACGGUUCAUGCCAAUUGGCGGUAUUUCGAGAUUGACGAGGCGGAUGUGGAUCCUUCUGACGAGUCGACGGAUCGGACGCCGCUUGCAUGGUGGUUUGGCGGAGGCUCGGAUCUGACCCCAUCGUACCUCUACCCAGAAGACUGCGUCCACUUUCACAAGACGAUCCAAGACGCGUGCACGCCCUUUGGAAAAGAUCUGUAUCCUGCAAUGAAAGCGUGGUGCGACGAGUACUUUUACAUUCCUCAUCGCAAGGAAGCACGCGGGAUCGGAGGGAUAUUCUUCGACGACAUGAGCUCGCACAACACUCACCGUAUCGAUAUCCACGCCGACCCGAGUCCACGACCCCGAUCCGCCGAGGAAUGCUUUGCAUUUAUCCAAUCCCUCGGAAAAUCUUUCGUUCCUGGUUAUUUACCCAUCAUGCACCGUCGGGCCUUUACGCCCUGGACCGAAGAGGAGCGUCAGUGGCAGCUGAUUCGUCGAGGGCGCUAUGUCGAGUUCAACCUCGUCGUCGACCGCGGGACUAAAUUUGGAUUGCAAACGCCGAGCGCGCGCAUCGAGUCUAUUCUGAUGACGUUGCCCGAGACUGCACGGUGGGAAUACAUGUCAGAGGUUGGCGCCCAGAGCGGGUCCAGGGAGGCUCAGAUGCUCGAAGUGCUGGCGACGCCGAGAAACUGGGUUUAG